AUGGCGACCAAGAAGCCCAACAUCCUCUACAUCAUGGCGGACCAGAUGGCCGCGCCAUUGCUGUCUCUGCAUGAUAAGAACUCGCCCAUUAAGACCCCCAAUUUGGACCGCCUGGCCAGCGAGGGUGUCGUCUUUGACUCGGCCUACUGCAAUGCGCCUCUGUGUGCGCCCUCGCGCUUCGUCAUGGUGAGCGGUCAACUGCCGUCGAAGAUUGGCGCAUACGAUAACGCCGCGGAUCUGCCCGCCGACACGCCCACGUACGCCCAUUAUCUGCGUCGCGAGGGUUACCACACGGCCUUGGCGGGUAAGAUGCACUUUUGCGGUCCGGAUCAACUGCACGGUUAUGAGCAGCGCUUGACGAGUGACAUUUAUCCCGGUGACUAUGGCUGGUCGGUCAAUUGGGAUGAGCCGGAAAUCCGCCUGGACUACUAUCACAACAUGUCGUCCGUCCUGGAAGCCGGCCCCGUCGUGCGCACGAACCAGCUCGACUUUGACGAGGAGGUCAUCUACAAAUCCCAGCAGUAUCUGUACGACCACGUGCGCCACCGCACCGACCAGCCCUUCUGCUUGACCGUCUCCAUGACCCACCCCCACGACCCCUACGCCAUGACCAAGGAGUUCUGGGAUCUGUACGAGGAUGUCGAAAUUCCCUUGCCCAAGAACGGGGCCAUCCCACACGACCAGCAAGACCCGCAUUCCCAGCGUGUGCUCAAGUGUAUCGAUCUGCUCGGCAAGGAGAUGCCCGAGGAGCGAAUUCGCGCCGCUCGUCGCGCUUACUAUGCGGCCUGCACGUACGUGGACACCAACAUCGGCAAGCUGCUCAAGGUGCUGAAGGAUACCGGGCUGGACGAGGAUACUAUCAUCGUUUUCACCGGUGACCACGGUGACAUGCUCGGCGAGCGCGGAUUGUGGUACAAGAUGACUUGGUUCGAGAACUCGGCUCGCGUGCCGAUGCUCUUCCACGCUCCGAAGAAGUUCGCUGCCAAGCGCGUGUCGGAGAAUGUUUCCACCAUGGAUUUGCUGCCCACGUUCGCGGGUCUGGUCGGUGCGCCUCUCGUACCGGGUCUCCCGCUCGACGGUGUCUCCCUGGUUCCCUACCUGACCGGCGAAGAGGGCCCUCGCACCGACACCGUGUACGGCGAGUACAUGGGCGAAGGCACCCAGGCCCCUCUGGUCAUGAUCCGCCGCGGCCGCUGGAAGUUCAUUUAUUCGACCAUCGACCCGCCCAUGCUGUUCGACCUGGUCAAUGACCCAGAGGAGAAGGUCAACCUGGUCGCGGGCUUGCCCGUCCCUUCAGCACACAAGCCUGCUACCACCACCAUCAAACCCGCCAACCCUCUCGGCGUGCCAGCCAGCCUCCCCACUCCCGACGAUACCCCCCGCGUCUCGCCCAUCCCACAACGCGCCAGCGACGCCUCAGCCCAGUACCCCUUCCCCUCGCCCACACCCCCUCGCACCCCCAGCCCAGCCAAAUUCACAGCUUUGCCCGACACCACCGACCCAGCUAAGCUGCUGGCCUAUUUCCUCGAGGAAACCAACACCCGUUGGGAUCUGGAGGCUAUCCGACAGGAUGUUAUUCGGUCACAGCGCCGGCGCCGUCUGGUGUACUCUGCCUUGAUCCAGGGAACACCUUCGUUCUGGGAUUACGAGCCGCGCGUGGAUCCGAGCAAGCAGUAUGUGCGUAACCAAGGCAAGGGCGUGCUCGAUGAUGUCGAGCUGAUCUCGCGCUGGCCGCGCGUGUUGCAGCAGGCUGCGACUGCGAAGGGUAUCUCUGCGUGA